AUGAAGGGCUGGUCCUGAUCCAGCGUGGCUAUAAGAGCAGAGCCCUGGCCUUCACUUGAGUAUACAUCUCUGAGGACAUACUGGUUGUUUCACACAGUCAAAGAAAGACAUCCACACCCGGCUGAAAGAUGGGUUGGCAGAAGGCUAUGCUGGAUAAGCUUGCACACACUUUCCAGAUCCGCAACAAGCUGCUGCGCCAGGGAUUGGCUGAAUGCUUGGGAACUCUCAUCCUGGUGAUGUUUGGCUGUGGUGCAGUGGCCCAAGUGGUACUAAGUGAAGGAUCUCACGGACUCUUUCUCACUGUAAACCUUGCUUUUGGGUUUGCCGCUACCCUUGGAAUCUUGGUUUGCGGCCAGGUGUCAGGCGGACAUUUAAAUCCAGCAGUUACAUUUGCUCUUUGCCUCUUGGGACGAGAACAGUGGAGAAAGUUUCCUGUGUACUUUCUGUUCCAAACACUUGGAUCCUUCUUGGGUGCCGCAAUUAUCUUUGCUGAAUACCAUGAUGCAAUGUAUGAUUAUGCUGGAGAAUCAAAUGAGUUGAUUGUAAUUGGGCCAAAAGCCACUGCUGGGAUUUUUGCUACUUACCCAAGCCCGCAUCUCACCAUCUUAAAUGGAUUUUUUGACCAGGUGAUAGGCACAUCAUCUCUGAUUGUCUGCAUCCUGGCCAUUGUGGACCCCUACAACAACCCGAUUCCCCAAGGUCUUGAGGCCUUCACGGUGGGAUUUAGCGUUCUUGUCAUUGGCCUCUCCAUGGGCUUCAAUUCUGGUUAUGCAGUUAACCCAGCUAGAGAUUUCGGGCCUCGUCUUUUCACCGCCAUUGCUGGAUGGGGUGGUGAAGUCUUCACUGCCAGGGAUUGUUGGUUUUUGGUGCCCAUCUUCGCCCCCUUCAUCGGAUCCGUUAUUGGUGUGCUUGUGUACCAGCUGAUGGUGGGGUGGCAUGUGGAGGGAGAGGCACGGGACAAGAAGAAUAAAUCUAGGGAAGAGUCUUUGAAACUUAAUGAUGUCACCAGCAAGGAGUGAUCUGCGUGAUUUCCAUCAGCCCUCCGCACCAUAAAUCCACAUAAGCUUUCUGCUUAUGAGUCUCUGGGUUCAAUAAAUAUGUCUUGUACCGCACAAGACUCCCUCUUCUGUUUCAGAGGGGGUUCUGAUAGUCUUGCAGAGCAUCAAAUGGACUUUAAAUGCUGAAAAUGUCUAGAUACCAAACUUUUCUUAAUUGUUCCAUCAGACAUUUUUUUAUAUACUUUUUUGAUUCUUAUUUUUUUCUUCACACAUUCUCCAGAUUCCUCCAUUAAGGGAAAGAGGCGUUUCUUUAGCAACACGAAUUAUAUUAAUUCACUGUUUUGAAAAGUUAGUAAAAAUGUAGUGUAGCAACUAUCAAUAUACAAUAUUUCACUUUUUUUACUACUAUUAUCCAAAUAUGUUGACUUUCAUGUUAAGAAGUUGAGCUAGUUGAGCAGUUCUACCAAAAACAGCUACAGUACUUAUCUUCUUCUUUUUUUUUCUCUUUUUAUUAUGUAAAUAUUUUUUAUUCUCAUCUUCAUUUAAAGAAUUUUAAAGAUUUUUUCUUAUUACAUUUUAGGGAUUACAACUUAACAUGUACGCAUUUCAAGAAACUUUACAGUCGAUAGUAAUCCUGACAAUUGCAUGACAUUGCAGUCUUUAGGCUUGUAUUGUCAUCCUCUCAUGUAUCUGUUCGUAACCAUUUUAAUUUUGUGAUUCAAUGUUUUGAAGCAAUUGGUUGUUAUCUUAAUAAAGUUUUUUUUUUAAAGAA